AUGACUCGGCCCCCAAAUCCUCCGCCGGUCCCCUACGAGCGCACCAUAAACGCAGCCUGGACUCGCAGCAUGUACGCCGAGACAGCGAAGGAAAUGCGCAGCUUCCAACCCGAAGUCCCGGAUCCAUGGACUAUGCCCAAAAGCCUCGGUCCUGCUGAGAUCGCGUAUUAUGGCCGCCUUUCUAAGCGUAGCACGUCGUCGCGGGUCCGGAACGCCGAUAGCGACCUCACCAUACUCGAGCAGAGAGGCAGAGAGGGCAUCAUACAGGAGUGUGAGAAAGGAGAGCUGGUGGAAGAUCUUCAGAAGGAGAAGCACAUGCGAAAGGGAAAAGAUAAGGAUAUGGCGGUGACUAUCCUGCGCCCUAACCCCAUUAGCCGGGCGAAUGAGGAAAACGAGCAGAUCGUGGUGGGUCGAGAGGAUGAGCGCUUCGCCAUUGACUCUCGUGGACGUCGCGUCAACGUCGGUGAUUGUGAUGAGCGGACGAAGGAAGAGAAGGAUUUGGACAAGUUGUGCGAUUGGACCGAAUCAAAAAUCUACUCGGCGCGCACUCCAGCAAGCCGAAACCCACAGGAGUAG